UUUGGGCCAAACAGCAGGCCGAAUAGCAGAAUUGUUGGGGCUAUCGGUGGGUAGAGGAAGUGUAAAGAGAAGGCGGAAGCAUCGAAGAAGGGGCUGUGGGGGGGCUUGGCUCUCUCUCUCAAUGUUCGCUCUCUCGCACAACGGCCGCGCUUCCACCACAGCUGUUUUCGAAUAGAAACGCCAUUCCGUUUGGCGGUUCUCCCAGGGUAGUUUGCCAGUCCAUUGAUACAUCCGUGGCUGAAAGCCCACCCGCAGGUCCAGCAAGUGUGCCGUAGCGGUCGGAGUGCGUGCGAAGGACAGCAAGUGCGGAGUGCCGUUCUGCCAAAAGACAAACUGCGCGGUGUAGUGAAAGACGACCCUCGAACGUAAACGCCGUGCGCUUUUAGUGUUUCCGGUCCGAGGAAAUCGUGCUACAUCAACGGCAGAAGCACACCUUCUACAGUAAACACUGCAUAGCUUCGAUCGAUCCUAGGGAAAUUCCGUACCGUCACGUAAUCGCGUGAAAAUUAUCGUCACGAGAGCGCACCGGAAGCAGUAACACUUGCCGCCGAGCCAGAAGCAGCUACAGCAACACCACAACAAUGUUCACCGUUUGCAAGAGUGCAGCAGGGGCAACGCUGGUCGCCAGCCUGCAAAGGUAUGGUGUGCGUGCAAUGUCCUCGUCGGUGGUGCAGAAUCCCAAAUUGGGCGAAUUCCCGCUCGAAAAUGAGCCCGUACUCGCGUACCGAAAAGGUUCGAAGGAACGCAAAGAGCUGGAGAGUGCGUUGAAGAAGGCAACGGCCAAGAUGGAGGACGUGCCGAUCAUUAUCGGGUCGGAAGAGAUCCGAUCGAAGGAGGUACGCCACCAGGUGAUGCCACACAACCAUAAACACAAGCUGGCCCAGUUCUACUACGCGGACCAAAAGCUGGUCCAAAAGGCGAUCAAAACGGCGACGGAAACGCAGGUCAAGUGGGACCGCACACCGCUCGACGAGCGUAUUCGCAUCUGGCAGAAGGCGGCCGAUCUGAUGGCCGGCCCGUACCGACAGGAACUGAACGCAGCUACCAUGCUCGGCCAGGCGAAGACGGUGAUCCAAGCGGAAAUUGAUUCUGCGGCCGAGUUGAUCGAUUUUAUCCGCAUGAACACGUACUAUCUGAAGGAGGCGGCAAAAUAUCAACCGAUUAGCGAGGAUGCGAAGGUAACGAAGAAUUCGAUGCGGUUCCGUGGCAUCGAUGGGUUCAUUGCCGCCGUCAGUCCGUUCAAUUUCACUGCCAUCGGAGGUAAUCUGGCGUACACGCCCGCCCUCAUGGGUAACGGUGUGCUGUGGAAGCCGUCCGAUACUGCCCUGCUGUCGAACUAUGUCAUUUUCAAGAUUAUGCGCGAAGCCGGCGUACCACCCGGUGUGGUAAACUUCGUGCCCACGGAUGGUCCUGUAUUUGGCGAUACGAUCACGGCCUCGUCGCAUCUGGCCGGUAUUAACUUUACCGGUUCCGUUCCAACGUUCAACCGGUUGUGGCGCCAAGUGGGUGAGAACAUUAACAACUACAACAAUUUCCCCCGUCUGAUCGGCGAGUGCGGUGGCAAAAACUAUCACUUUGUGCAUCCGUCUGCGGAUGUGGAAUCGGUGGUAAACGGCACAAUCCGGUCGUCGUUCGAGUUCUGCGGCCAGAAGUGUUCGGCCUGCUCGCGUAUGUACGUGCCCGAAUCCCUGUGGCCAAAGGUGAAGGACGGUUUGCUAAUGAUCCGUGACACCCUGAAGGUGGGCGACGUGACCGAUUUUUCCAACUUUACAUCGGCCGUCAUCGACGACAAAGCAUUUGCGCGCAUCAAAUCGUACAUUGAGCAUGCUCGCAGUUCCAAAAACCUAACCAUUCUCGGCGGUGGCAAGUGUGACGACAGCAAGGGCUACUUCAUUGAACCGACAAUUGUGCAAACAACUGACCCGAAAGAUCGUAUUAUGACUGAGGAAAUCUUUGGCCCGGUGCUCUCGAUCUAUGUGUACAAGGACAAGGAUCUCGACAGUGCCAUGAAGCUCGUCGGCGGCUCGACCCGAUUCGCACUCACCGGUGCUGUGUUCGCGCAGGACGAAGCGUUCCUCAAGCGAGCUCUGGACGAGUUCAAGAUGACGGCCGGUAACUUCUACCUUAACGACAAAUCAACUGGCUCCGUCGUCGGUCAGCAACCCUUCGGUGGUGGUCGUAUGUCCGGCACGAACGACAAAGCCGGUGGUCCGCAUUACGUGCUCCGGUGGGCUACGCCACAAUCGAUCAAAGAAACGUUUGUACCGCUGAAGGACAUCGACUAUCCGUAUAUGCGCGAGUAAGCGAACCUUUCCAUUUGACAUGGCGAAAGCUAUUGCAGAUGUUCUUUUGUUUAGACGAGAUGAAUGAUGAAUCCUUCCCGCUUGUGCCGGGUGAGAACAUUGUGACAAUUUCUGUACAUCCCGGAUUUUCCGAUUGGUUUCUGCUCCUACUGUAACUUACAGGCAUUGAAUUGCUUGUCUGUCGACUGUUCGAUAUGUUUUAUAAUUUUCACGUGUACUACUAGUGAAGUAGUAUUGUUCACAGCAACAAGCAGCAGGAUCUGUGUUUGUUUGAUUUUUUUUUUUGUUGCUUGCUAUCACUAAGCUGAUUCGCGUUGAGUACUUUGAAUUGCCAAGCUUUCUCACGCGGCAGAAGAUACUGGAAGGGAUCAUGACACUGGCAACCGGCUGUAAUGAAAUAUGCAAUUCAUAACGCAAGACCACUCGGUUCCGAAUACAAUUUGACAAUACUUAGCUCUGUGCAACCGACGGGCGCCACAUUGUUCCCGCUGCGACGGCUGGCGGGGUGCAAUAAGGAUGCAUUCGCAUUAAGCUAGCAUCGUCGUGAUGUUUUUUUUCUGUUCCUGUUUUAUUCCUUUCCUACCGGUCCACGCCGCAAUAAGUGUGAUUUUAGUGUGUGCUCGCUAGGAAAAGGUAGUUUUAUAGUGUACUACUUGUUGAUCAUGCUGUUUUUCUUUUUUUUUUCUUUUGGAGAGUUCGAUUCCGACGGUAUGAAUCGGACUCUUGCUGUGAUUAUUAGCGCGAGCCAUGAAUCUGGUUGCGGAUUAAGUAUUACCGAUGCACCACUAAUGGCAUACAUCGGCCAUCGAUGACAUGAUGUAUUGUAGGUAGGGAGGCGGGUGCGUACUGGUCUGAUGAGAACGAACGAGAUACUGCAAUUACCCUGUAACCUAGAUGCGCCCCAUUUUCUGACCCCCGACCACCUUUGAUGUAGCUCCACUGGCUAUAUUUAAUCAUCAGUCGCAACAUAAAACCAAAUCUCAAACACAAAAACCAUCAAUAUACAUGUAAAUGUGGCUGCAGUAUAACGAGAACGCGUGCGGCGGUUAGACGAAGAGAAAACCACGUGCAAGCUAACGAACAACAAGCAACAAGGAUCCGUUUGCUGCUGCAUUAAUAUGGACGUUUGAUGAAUGUAUCAAACAAGUAUCAUAAGCGUAGCGUAAGAAUGAGACAAAAAUUAUACUGAACGAAAAAAGAACACACACACUAAUAAGUUAAUAAAUGUUUUAAAAAUG